UGGAUGAUUGCUGCUUUGGUCAACGUUUCAAAAGAAUCGUUUUUUCUUUUAGUUCCUUCCUUCUUUCGCUAUUUUCGCCAUUGAUUGCUGAAGAAAACACAGAGAGAGAGAGAUUCACUUCCCCAUUUCAGGUCAAAUUUCUUUCUUUCUAAUAGAUUUAUCUUCUCUAUUUGGGGGAAAUCAAUUAUUGUUGAAAUCUCCAGCUAAAGGAUCAAACUUUAGUUAGGGUUUUGGUUCUUCUUCAAAGUUUCUGACUUUUAUUUUUGUUCGGAAUCUCAGAAAAUCAAAAUGGGUGGUGGUGGUGAUACAACAGAUACCAAUAUGAUGCAGAGAGUUAAUUCUUCUUCUGGUACAUCGUCUUCUUCGAUCCCUAAACACAAUCUUCACUUGAAUCCUGCUCUUAUCCGCUCUCACCAUCACUUCCGUCACCCUUUCACCGGAGCUCCUCCACCGCCGAUUCCACCCAUUUCUCCUUACUCUCAGAUCCCGGCGACUUUACAACCUAGACAUUCUCGCUCUAUGUCGCAACCGUCUUCUUUCUUCUCCUUUGAUUCAUUGCCGCCGUUAAAUCCUUCUGCUCCGUCGGUUUCGGUGUCGGUGGAGGAGAAAACCGGUGCCGGAUUUAGUCCUUCGUUGCCUCCGUCACCGUUUACGAUGUGUCAUUCUUCUAGCUCUAGGAACGCCGGAGAUGGAGAGAAUCUACCUCCGAGAAAGUCGCAUAGGCGUUCGAAUAGUGAUGUUACUUUUGGGUUUAGUUCAAUGAUGUCUCAGAAUCAAAAGUCUCCUCCUUUGAGUUCUUUGGAGAGAUCGAUCUCUGGUGAAGAUACAUCAGAUUGGUCUAAUUUGGUGAAGAAAGAACCGAGAGAAGGCUUCUACAAGGGAAGAAAACCAGAGGUUGAAGCAGCUAUGGACGAUGUUUUCACGGCUUAUAUGAAUCUUGAUAACAUUGAUGUCUUGAAUUCUUUUGGAGGUGAAGAUGGCAAGAAUGGGAAUGAGAAUGUGGAGGAGAUGGAGAGUAGUAGAGGUAGUGGUACAAAGAAGACGAAUGGUGGAAGUAGUAGUGAUUCUGAAGGAGAUAGCAGUGCGAGUGGGAAUGUGAAGGUUGCGUUGAGUUCUUCUUCUUCAGGCGUGAAGAGAAGAGCAGGUGGAGAUAUUGCUCCUACUGGUAGACAUUACAGGAGUGUUUCUAUGGACAGUUGUUUCAUGGGGAAGUUGAAUUUCGGCGACGAAUCAUCGCUAAAGCUUCCGCCUUCUUCAUCAGCUAAAGUUUCCCCAACCAAUUCAGGUGAAGGGAAUUCAAGUGCUUAUAGUGUUGAAUUUGGAAACAGUGAGUUUACUGCAGCUGAAAUGAAGAAGAUUGCAGCUGAUGAGAAACUCGCUGAGAUUGUAAUGGCUGACCCUAAGCGUGUUAAAAGAAUCUUGGCGAACCGCGUAUCUGCUGCACGUUCAAAGGAGCGGAAGACGCGAUACAUGGCAGAGUUGGAACACAAGGUGCAGACACUUCAGACUGAAGCUACUACAUUAUCGGCUCAGCUCACACAUUUGCAGAGAGAUUCUAUGGGGUUGACAAACCAGAACAGUGAGCUGAAGUUUCGUCUUCAAGCUAUGGAGCAGCAAGCACAACUCCGCGAUGCUCUGUCAGAGAAACUGAAUGAAGAAGUCCAGCGGUUGAAACUGGUGAUAGGGGAGCCGAACCGCAGGCAAAGUGGGAGCAGCAGCAGCGAAUCAAAGAUGUCACUAAACCCGGAGAUGUUUCAGCAGCUUAGCAUAAGUCAGUUACAACACCAACAGAUGCAGCAUUCCAAUCAGUGUAGCACAAUGAAAGCAAAGCACACUUCAAACGACUAGGGUAAGUAAAACUGCGAUCCGCAGUUGUCUAGUUACAUAUAUGAUAAGAAUCUUUUGUGCAGAGUUCUGUUUUUGGAAGUUUUAAAGAAACAUAUAUAAAGAUUAUGUCCGGGAAAUUUGAUCAUAUUUCCUGAAACAUACACACAUAUAUAUAGUGGUAAUGGAGGACUUUCUUUCUGGACCAGGUGAUCUUAUGUUGUUUUGGUCAUAUAUUUACACAGUUAGGAUUUUAUUUCCCUUUGGAUUUUGGAUAAUCUAUGAGACAAUUUUUAAGGUUUAUAAAU